AUGGAGUUGUUCCGGGCAGGCGAAGCCAUACUACGCACGACACAGCCGUUGCUCCCAUUCCUGGCACCGUCGGCGCACAGAACACCACAACGAUUAGGAGGCAUAGCGAGGCAUUGCGGAAGACAGCAACUACAGCACCCUGUCUCGAGGCCACUGUCCACGACAUGUAUCAGACGGGAGCAGGCAGCAGAACCACGGAGAGAUGACAACGUAGGCCGAGGACAGCAAUCCUCUACCUCCGCCGGCGAAGAGUUCUCCGCUCUCCUCGACUCCGCCCUCGACGGCAGCAAAGGCGUGCCCACCGCCCCAUCUGGGCGACAAUCACGCUUCAAAUCUGCUUCUCAGCAGCGAGUAAACCAAGAUCCAUACGCAAGGAACGCCGGCCCACAAACACGCACCGCAACGCAGGAACGCCCAGAGAGAUCAAUGAGCUCCGCAGACGAGAUGAUCAAUGAGUUUGAGAAGAAAGGCGACAAGAAGCCUUCUCAGUUCUCCGGCGGCAUGGACUCGCUCCUCAGCAGCUUUUCUACCAACAGCUCGCAAUCACUCUCCAGCCCCCCUCCGCCCCCGCCGGAGCCGCAGGCGGCGCCGAUGAAGCUCGAUUCGACCGUCGGCCGCACCAUCUUCGUCAACAACGAGCGAGGGAUCGACGUCGGGCGUGCGUUUCGAAUGCUGGACCAGCGGUGCGCGCAGAACUCGGUGAAGAGGGACUUUAUGAAGCAGCGGUUCCAUGAGCGGCCGGGGUUGAAAAGGAAGAGGCUGAAGCAGGAGAGGUGGCGGAGGAGGUUCAAGGAGACGUUUAGGGAGACGGUGGGGAUGGUGCAGAGGAUGAAGAAGCAGGGGUGGUGA